AUGGAGUUUCAUGCGGCACCCAUUAUGCCCAGUGUUAAGCUAGGCAGCGGCAGCUGGGACAAAUGCAAUCUACAUAAAAGAAAAUGCACCAAAAUCUUGGUUGCGGUAUUUUACAAUGAGGCAAGGUGUAGUUUAUUUGCACAAGAAGUUUCAAGUUACGCAGGGGAUCAGGGAAUAUAG